CAUCGGUGAACCCCAGAUUGCGUGGGACUGGAUCGAGCAGACUCCCCGAGUGUUGGAAGAUCUCAAUGUACCCAUGGACAAUUAUCCCAGACUGGCUUCUCAAUUGCUUUGAAAGGAAGCCUACGAGUGGUGGAAGAGGACGGAUGAGAGUGCGGGAACCCCUAAGCCGUGGACAUGGGCACAUUUCGAAUGGGCAUUCAAGCAAGAAUAUAUUCCGAAACGAUUUAGCGAGGAAAGACGUAAGGAAUUUGUUGAACUGAAACAGGGAGACAUGACACUCCCUGAAUAUCGUCAGAAGUUUACCAAACUCGCAAAGUUUGCACCAACCUUAGUAAAUACCCCAACCGAUCGCAUUGAGGAGUUCAGGAAGAAACUUCGACCUGACCUCAGGUCAUGUGUAUCCAUUCUAACCACUGUGGAUUUCGCGGAGGCCUACGAUCUCAUUGCCAGGGCAGACAGCGACUUGAGUGCUUGCAUUGAGUAUCUGAAGACAAAUAAUGUCAGCUCAAGCACUCACCGUCCCACCGGCUCUGCCUCAAAAGGGAAAAGGCCCUUUCAAGAACCUAGCAAUUCACAUUUCUCUAAAAAGGGAAAAUCUGUACAAACUCAGUCGAUGGCAUCCGUUGAUAAGUCCAAAAAGCGGAGGUAUCCAGCUUGCGAGCACUGUGAAAGGAAUCACCCUGGAGAAUGCUGGCUUAAGCAAGGGUUGUGUCUCGGCUGUGGAAAACCAAGACACUUUCGAAAGGAGUGCCCUACAAACCCCGGAGAACCGUAUCCACCUGCCCCUGUUACCUAUUUGGAGAUGAUCGCUGCACAGGAACUAUCCGAAUUCCUUCAUAUAGAGCUUCACUCCAAGUAUGAAGACGAAGUUCUUCAAUUCUACAAGAAUGGAGAGGUCAGAACGGUUCAAUCGAAGAAGAAUCCACAGAGGACGAUUCAAGUUAUUGAGUCCACUGUUGAAGGUUCAAAAGUGGGGAUUUCACAGAAGAAAUUGAAGAAAAAGCUUCAUCUUCCCAACUCCGGAAGUGAAAUUGGGAGGCUCCCGUCCAAGAACCUGGACUGGAAAACUAUUGGGAUUUUUGAACAAAUCCCCUCUGGCCCAGCAAAAAAGGCCGAUUUGAAGAAUGACUACAAAUUGGUCCUGGAACUAAUCAUUGCAUGUCUUGAAUGUGGCAGUGGAGGACAUGCAGAUGACAUAACUCAAGAAAAGGCAUUCAUCAUCAACGCCCUCAUUACCAGAACCAAGUGCGUAAUUUACGUAAUAUAUUGUCUACGUGCCUAUUAUACGUGUAAUGUUCGAUUGUGUUUGUUCUCUUUUUUAUUUUGUUUCGGAUAUUGGCUCUACUAUUUGUCUUCUAAAGGAGAAAACAGAGCUAGUUCAACUGCAGAAGAAGAAAGUUCUUCAGACAAUGUCCUUAUUGUAAGUCUGAAGAAAUCUUCAAAAAGGAAGCAUGUGGUGUCUCCGUCCCCCAGUGCUGAAGCACCACAAAAUCUUGCAUUGGUCAAUCUGGAUGAAGAACAAGAAGUCCCUGCACAUGGAGAACUUCAAAAGAAGAAGAAAAGAAGAAUCUCCUCUUCCUCCACAUCUGGAAAUGCAAAUCCGGAUGACUUGGUGGAAAAGGAACCAUUUGAGGAAGCCUCUGCACACAACCAGAGUCCUCAACAACUUGAUGAAGAUGAAGAAAUCCCUCAAGACCAGAAUCAGUUGUUAGAAUGGGAUCAACAACUGAAGAAUGAUAAGAAAACCUAUGGAGAUCUACAUCUCGAAUACCUGGCCACCUCUCAAACUUCAGAGUUUGAAGCUGAUGAUGAGGAUCCUGCAGUCUACAAACCAAUCUUUUCAAAGCCAACAGAAGAUCAGAUGGUUCUCACCACUGAAGCACAGGCUCACAUGGAAGCCACAGCUGAAGAUUUCCAAGUUUUUCUGGAAACCUCACCUGCUUUUGAAAUUGUUCUGCCUGAGGAGAAUGUAGCCACUCCCCUGCAAGAACAAAACCAAGAAAAAUCAGAGGAAGAACUUCAGCAAUUCCUCCAAUCUCAAGUUCUAGAGAUCCUCACAACCCCUUGUGAAAUCUCCAAAUCAACUGAACUUGAGAUUUCGGAGAAGUCAAUUGAGAAUCUGGAGAAGUCCACUCCUCCAGAAACAAAUGAAGCUCUUCAGGAAGACCCAGCAGUUGAAGUCCAGAGAAGUUUUGCAGAAGCUGAAGGAGAAGCUCAAAUAGCCAGACUCGAGGCCACUGAAACUCCAGUAGCUAUCUUUGAGCAGCCAGCUGAAGAUGAAGACAGAGAUUCCCUCUCCAAGGAUAUCUCAAACUUUGUGAAUGAUGAAACGGAGGAAGAGUCAGUGAAGACAUUAAAGAUUGAUGAAGAAGAAGCUGAGCAAGGAGAUGCUGAAUCCCUCCCUCUGCAACUCUUCCACAGAGUACCUUCUUCACAACAAUUAACAAAUUUUCAUUUUUACAGCUCUUCCGCAUCCACCCUUCCGGAUGAGAUACUGGAAACCUGGACAAGGAAGGUCCAAGGGUUGAUUGAAUCAGCCCUAGAGUCCCAGCAUGCCUCUUUUAGGCAAGAGAUAGAGCAGAUGGAAGCAAGGCACAACAAAUUGAUGGAGAAAUCUGAAGAAAAGUAUUGCUCAAAUCUCAAUGAGAUAAGCAAAUUUGUAGACAAAACUCUAGAGAUCAUAUCUCUAUUUAGUAAGUCUGUGAGCAAUACAAUGGAGGCUUAUGCAUGUGACUGCCAUCUUCAAUUCAAAGAAGCCACUGCAAUCAAGCAGCAGAUUGCCACAGUCACACAGAGCAAUCCGGAGAACUCAAUACAGCAUCUGUCAAACACUGGUUUUGAUGGAUCAGAAGCUGCAGGAACCAUUGCCUCCCACUUCACAAGUGAUGCCCAGACAGAAGAGAGAUAUAACAAUCUCAAGCGCAUCCAGGAAGAGUGUGGAGUCAUGCAAGGCAUUGGUGAGGCUGCCGGAUCAUCCAAGCGCAAAAAGAAGUGAAGGCUCUUUUUAUCAAAACAGGGGGAAUUAAAGUAAGUGAAUGACGUAGGUUACCUAGAAGAACUCUAGGACUAUUUUGUGAGAAUUGAGAUUGUGAAUUGACAAUAGGUUGUAGAGCCUUGUGGACUUAGUCCAGUGGCAUUCGGGUAAAGAUGUACGUACAUGGAAUCUGGGAUCUGAUCCGUAGGAUUGGAGGUUCCACCCAACCGGCUCCGUAGGUACCGGGUUGACCAGAAUCAUGGCCGUAGGUAGUGAUUCU